AUGGGCGCUGCAUCGUCGAAAGCUGCCCGAAAGCUACCCAAGGAAAGGCCGACAUGGGCAGGAGCAAGAGCACCUGCCCCCAGUGAUCCUCUCCAGCCCCAGCCGCGCGACCUAAUAUUGAACGUUAGGGUCCUAGAGAUAACGAGGGACGCGAUUGACCCCCAGUUCAUGGCCAAUUUGAGCCGACUUGGCGCCGUCCGCGUCGACCACCACAUGCAAACCGUCCGAACCGUGAGUGGAUUGAAUCCUACUCUCAGAUACUUCAGACGUGACAACCGUCAGGCGGACAGCAUCAACCGAGGCUUCCAGUCUAGACAACAAUCCGACGCCCAAGCCGCUUCCUCGCAGCCCGUGCGCAACCGGCUCCUCGCGCCUGCACUCAGUGCUCUGCUGGAGGAGCGUAAGCACGUCACGUCUCGGCAAGACCUGGAGAAAUUGGCUACUCAGUACGCCGUGGACGUCGACAAGCUGGAUCGAUUGGCUCGGUAUGUCAAUAGCCCAAGUAUAGAUGAGACAACCAGGACCAGAGUAUUAGAGAACGACGAGGAGCGGAUCACGGUUAAGGUCAGUACUAUGUUCCUUUCGCUAGGGCAUGCUCACAUCUCUACAGGCAACCUGGAUUGA